GUCUCCCUCUCUCUCUCUCUGCGUGCGCUGGCGGGAGUGUGGCUGCAGGCUGGCUCUGGUCUCCUCUCCUCUCCUCCGGGCGAGCUCCAGGACAGGACAGGACAGGACAGGCAGGCAACGCUGCAGAGGCGGCCAGGCAGCGGAGCGCCGAGGCCCUGUGAGGUGGAAGUCAGCCUCCUCAUUGGCUCGGAGCAAGUGAGUGCGUGAGUGAGUGAGUGAGUGAGUGUGAGAGAGAGAGAGAGAGCGAGAGAGAGAGAGUGUGUGUGUGUGUGAGAGAGAGAGAGAGAGAGUGAGACCCUGUCCCCUCCUCCAUCGGCUGGCCGUCUGUGCCCCCCCACUCCUGCGCCUCCAUGUAUCCCGAGUCCACCACUGACUCCCCCGCACGCCUCUCGCUCCGACAGACCGGCUCGCCGGGAAUGAUCUACAGUGCGCGCUAUGGGAGUCCUAAACGCCAACUGCAGUUCUACAGAAACCUGGGCAAGUCUGGGCUGAGAGUGUCAUGCCUUGGGCUGGGAACAUGGGUGACAUUCGGAGGACAGAUCACAGAUGAGAUGGCGGAGCAGCUGAUGACGCUGGCCUAUGAGAACGGGAUCAAUCUGUUCGACACGGCGGAGGUCUACGCUGCAGGAAAGGCAGAAGUUGUCCUUGGCAACAUCAUUAAGAAGAAAGGAUGGAGGCGAUCCAGUUUAGUGAUCACAACCAAAAUAUUCUGGGGUGGAAAGGCAGAAACUGAAAGAGGCUUAUCCAGAAAACAUAUAAUAGAAGGUUUAAAAGCAUCACUGGAGAGAUUGCAGUUAGAAUAUGUGGAUGUGGUGUUUGCAAAUAGGCCAGACCCCAACACACCCAUGGAAGAAACGGUGCGGGCGAUGACCCAUGUGAUCAAUCAGGGGAUGGCGAUGUACUGGGGAACCUCACGCUGGAGUCCUAUGGAGAUUAUGGAGGCGUACUCGGUGGCGCGGCAGUUCAACCAGAUCCCGCCCAUCUGCGAGCAGGCCGAGUACCACAUGUUCCAGAGGGAGAAGGUGGAGGUGCAGCUGCCCGAGCUCUUCCACAAAAUAGGUGUGGGGGCGAUGACCUGGUCCCCUCUGGCGUGCGGGAUCAUCUCAGGGAAAUACGACAGCGGGGUGCCCCCCUACUCCCGCGCCUCUCUCAAGGGCUACCAGUGGCUGAAGGACAAGAUCUUGAGCGAGGAGGGCCGGCGCCAGCAGGCGAAGCUGAAAGAGCUGCAGGCCAUCGCCGAGCGGCUGGGCUGCACCCUGCCGCAGCUCGCCAUUGCGUGGUGCCUAAGGAAUGAAGGGGUGAGCUCUGUGCUGUUAGGAGCCUCCAACACGGACCAGCUCAUGGAGAACAUAGGAGCAAUACAGGUUCUUCCAAAGUUGUCGUCCUCCAUCACACACGAGGUGGACAGCAUCCUGGGAAACAAGCCCUACAGUAAAAAGGACUACCGCUCCUAAACGCCCCUCUGGACACCUGGCUAUUGGGCUGCACUGCGCCCCCCCCUUGCGCCCCCCCUCACCUCACCCCACCCCACGACUCUCUCCCCGCGCCCUAUGCCUGUUCCUCCGCCCGCUUGAGCUACGACUGAAUGACCCCAAACUGGCGCAUGAGACCGCCCGCCCCCACCCCUCCCCUGCUCUCCAGAAGGGAACUACACCAUUUAGAAUAAAAACGUGAGAAAAAAAUUAACAAAAUGAAUGAGAACAACAACAAAAAAAAAACAUCAGGAAGAGAGGGGGGAUUAGGAAUUUUAAGAAAUAACAUGUAUAGCUAGAUAGUAAAAGUCUAAGAAGAGUUUUAAAAAAUCACAUCAGAAUGGCAAUGGUACAUCAACAGUGGCAGAGAAAUGAAAUGGAUGAUGGGGGGUAUAAGGUCAUAGUUUAAAAAACACACACACAUACAAAACUGCUGAAACGUAUUUAAAAACACACACACACACAUAUUACAAAACUCUGCUGAAACGUAUUUUUAAAAAAAAGGAUGCCGGAAAAAAAGCACACGCUUGCUUGGCUGUUGGAACUCGUUUUUGUUUUUACUCUUUGCAUUGUUUAUUUUUUUUACUUUUUAUUAUUUUUUAUCAAAAAUACUGAAUGCAUACAACUGUAACUUACAUUUGAUAAUAGGUGUUAGAGAAACUGACGUGUUGCACAUGUCCCAUAGCCGCCCAUCAGCUUCAGAUGGUUUUGUUUCCAGGGAAAUACGCCCCCAUCUACUAGCAUAACUCUCUCUCGUCGAGAAGAAGAAAAAAAAAAAACGGUUCUCCGCGUCGUUUUUUCGCAUCGCACGUGUACAGAAUGCAACUCUUCAAAAACCUGCACUUUAGGAAUAUUGCUGCCGUGGAGUGGCUGUGGGAGGCUCUCUCUCUCUCAUCAACGCCCUCCCUCGCAGGGACAUUAGCAUUAGCAUGCUGACAUUAGCAUGUUUUUUUUUCACGAUGCUAAUCAUCCCCCCCCAGUGAUUCCCGUCGGCCUCUGAGCAGUCUACAGAGACCUCGUCAAACUAUCUGUCCGUCUGUGUGUGUGUGUGUGUGUGUGUGUGUGUGUGUGCGCGCAUCCAUCUGUCUCCGUCUGUUCCCCCUUUGACGGUCCCCACACAACAGUGGCAGCUCAGCAGCGAAGGCAAACCAAGAAAACAAAAAGCAUCUGAUGGGUGGACGUCACAGGGGUCCGUAGGCCUUGGCCUGACCCUAAGGUGGCUGGUUAUGUCCCCCAUCCUCGCCUCCACCACCACCACCCCUACUCUCUGUCGGGCAUUUAGCUGAGGCCGUCUGCUCCCAGCACCCCACCGGACUCACACGUUUACACGGAGAUGGCUGCCAGUGCCCUCCAGACCAACCCGACCCGAACCGAACCGAACCAUGCUUGUUUCAUUCAUGCCAGUUUAAUAUGAGGCUUCUGACAGAAAUAGUAGAGUAAAUAGAUAAAUAAAUACUCACAUAAACACCAGUCAGUAUUUAUGAACUGCAGUAUACUCCCACAUGUACAUGUAUUGCCAUUUAUCAUAUUUCUUUGCAUGAAUAAGUAUUUAAGGAGCUACUGAAUUAUUCUAACUGAAAUUGAAACAUUGUGGAUGAAGGUGUUUGACCUUUGACCUCGGGGGUACGGGGGGUUAAAUGCUUGUGAGCGGGUGACUGGGGGCGGCAGCUCUGCAGUUCUUGUCACCAGUGGCCUAUAAGAGCACAGAUAGGUGUGACUGGCAGCUGUACCUGACCAGUAGGUUCACAGAGACUGUUCAACGGCACUCAAUUCCCCCGCCCUGUCGGAGCGAAGGCUGGUUGGUGUCAGCAGCUCAGGGACUGGAAUUUUAAGUAAAAAAAAAAAGAACUAAACAACCACACACAGAGACAAAAAAACAAAGCCUAUGAAAAUUUCUCGAGUGAGUGAGAGGAAAGCAAAAGAGGAAAAUAUAAUAUAAAAUGUGAAUAAAAAAGAGUUUAGGCGAGCAAGCAACUUUAAGCCUGUAUAGUCUUACACGGUCGGGAAGCCGUAUUUCACUGUAUUCAUGGUCGGUCAUCUCUCUCCACUGAUGAGAACCAGUGACAUUUUCUCAUGGCUAAAGCCAAAGAUUAACCCCCCUCCUCCCUUCCCCUCAUCCCCUGUGCUCUAACAAAAUUAAAAAAAGAAUAACUCAUUUAACCGCAUGGACUGUCCAGCCUUUGAACCCCAGUAUGCUACUUAUACUGUAUUCUUAGCACCUGUCCAGUGAGCUGGUCAUGUCUUUUUAAUGACGCAGUCCUCCUGAACAGACCAACAUCUAUACAUAAACGCACCCCCUUAUGAACUGAAUGACAAGCUGAUCAUAGUUUCUUUUGAUAACGGGUCAAUCUGUUUGCAUUGUUUUAAAAACGGUAUGAUUUACAUAUGGAUAAGGUUUUGAAUCUCCUCCAAUCUGUAGUCCGUCUGUUACUUCCCCCCUGUCAAGCACAAACCAAUCGCAUGACAUCUUGGAGAGCAUGACUCCUCCCUUCACUGUGAGGAGCCAAUAGUAUAACUUCUCUAAUUCUCUAACUCCUCCCACACAUGACUUGAUGUCAUUGUACAUUUCCUGUCAGGAAUGUUCCUAUAAAGUGACCGGUGUUCUUUUUUUUUCUUUUUUUGGUUGUUUGUUUGUUUGUUUGUUUGUUUGUUUGUUUUGGGGGGAGCUCACCUAAUGGUUGUCAUGUCUUUGUAGGAGACUUAAUGCAUACAUGAGACUCAGUAUAGUUACAGUACUUCACAGGAAGUCACCCAUUGAGAAUGGAUCCUUGAAUUCCAAGGGCGUGUUCUCCCACCCUGUUGGUGUUGCCUGUUAGUUUGGUUCCAGUGAGACCCUUGCUCCUCCUUCAGCCUGUCUCUGUGUGUUGAGGGACUCGGGAGUAGUCAACCAUUAAAGAAAAACCCAAAUGGCCCAGUUGCUAAGCGAUGUGAUAGAAAUUAUGCAGUGUUUUUCACCAAGCUGUAUGACGAACAGCGCCACCAUGUGGAAGUGCAUCGUAGUGAAAAUAUGCAGCCUAGCACUGCACCCUUUAACGGUAGUUUUCACUGGGAGUCAAACAAACCUAUGGUGAUAGUUUGAUGUUCUGAUAUUGUCGAUGAAAAAAAAAAAAGUGCAUAUUAAAUCCAUCAUUUAAAUGUUAUUUUUUUUAAUGUGUGUUAUUGUUGAAUCAAAUGGAAAGUGUUAACUAUCAAGUCUACAUUUCCAUUGGUAGGAGUGUACCUUAUGAUGGUGACUUAUGUUUGUAGUUGAUCUUGGCUUUAAAACGUGUGAUUAUUCAGUUGUGAGGUUACAUAGGGCAUCUCUGAGAUAUGGAACAGUAUGGCCAUACUUACUCCCAUAAGCCCCACCCACCCCUCCAUACCCUACUACUACUAGUCCCUUCCCACAGCUCACUAACUCCAUUGACUUGGUGCUCCACUGUAAAUAGAACUCUCUCCGUGGUGUGACCCUCCUGAGGGGGUAGUUGGGUGCUCGAUUCCGUCCCCUCCAGGAGGAGCACUGGUGCAGCGGUCAGCCUGUCUUAGGCGGUCAGCGACGUGCCAGCGUCCCAUAACGUCUGGGAGGGUUCUGAGAGUGUUCCUCGGUUGCGUGAGCAGGCGCCUCCUCCGGCUCUCAGUACGGUCAUAAGCAACUCAAAACAUCAACAACGGUUUCUAGAAAAGACGCAUCAAGGUAGUUGCUAGUCGAGUUUCCAGCGACAGAUCGUACCAAUAGGCCCCCAAGUAUGUACCAAGAAUUAUGCUUUCAUUUGGCCUUUUUUUAUUAUUUCGUUUGAUCUAUGUAACCUUAUCAAAAUGAUGAGAGGAUAUUACUUUAUGUCAUUCAUUUGAUUUUAAUUUGACUCUUUUAAGAAAAAUUGCUUGUUUCCCUGGGUUGGAAUUGUCAUGGUGAUAGUGAUGAUGAUGAUGAUGAUAAUGAUGACGACGAAGAGCAGUUAUUUGCACUGAUUAUGCAUUGUGAGGAAUCCUGUGAAUUGAACCCCACAUCAGACUUUACAUCUGCUCUCAGUGUUGAGAGUCAGAUAUCUUCUGUAUAUAGUUUGACCUAUGUAUAUAUAUAAUAAUGUAUAUAUACAUAUAACCGUUUCUCAUCACUUUGGCCUUUCUCUUUUUUAUUUUCAUUGACAGGCAUUGCUAACUGCAUUGUGCUUGAAACUGAAUUUAGAUAUGUACAGCUUCGGUAUCUAUGAAAUGAAAAAUUCUGAAAAAUUACAUCUAUGGAUAAAAAAAACUG